AUGGCUGCCAAAGACGCAAAGACGGGCGAGCCUGAUACCAAGGUAGACUGCAGGCUCUGUAACAUCACCUUUAAGGAUUGGACUGCCUUCCAUAACCACAAAUUGACCCACAGUGAUCACAUCUGUUGUGACAUCUGCAGCACAGACUUUCACACCGAGGAAGGUCUGAAGCGUCAUCGAACUUUAACUCACCCAAAGGAACAAGAUCUCAAGUGUAUGGCUUGUGGCAAAAAGUUUAUUCGUCUAGGAUCUUUAAUCAAUCACCUUGAACUUGAUAGCUGUCGCGCAAUCAACCCUGAAGAGAGACAUAACCUGGCAGCUAGCAGACGCCAACGUCAACAACUGCACGCAAAAUUUAAGGCUAACCUAAAGGAAAUUGACGAUAAUUCUGGCCCAAGAACUAGUAAAAGCCUUCUAGAUUCACAGGAUAUUUCUACAAAUUCUAUGGAAGUCAAGUCGCUGGCGCCAAUUUUCAAGCCACCACCACCAAAUUUUGAGAGUGAAAUAGUUACCAACUUUGAGUUUGGCGGAUGGGAAACUACUAUCCUGGAAGAAGAUAUACCAUCGAAUACUCUUAACGAAGCGAUUAUAAAUACUACCCCUGCUCCCGUCAUGGAAUUACAACCAGAGGAGGACUUGAUUUGUUUCGGGGAAGUUGACAAAGCCAUGAGUAUACCAUGGGGAGGGUUUUCAAAGAAGGCAACCAAGGAGAAACCAAAGCCCACUGAAGAGGUUCAGUACGAGUAUGUCGAAAAUUCCUUCCCAGUUGCAAUUGCACCUUCCAUGAAAGAAGAUAAUUUCCCACCUUUGCCAAAUGGAAGCCAAUACAGAGACGCUGGUAUGAAAGCUCCAAACUUCAUGGAUGCGCCACUUGAGGACGCAAAGUUUACUUCCAUCUGGGACACUAAGCACAUCAUUGCGAGUGCCCGAAAAGCCAUCCCCCCACCAUCUACAGAGGCGCCUGCGGCGACUGAUAUAGCUACUCGAACUGGUGGACUUCCGCCUCUUCGUAUGCGAGCUCUUGUCAAGCCUUUACCUGAGAAGGAGUAUGCACUAUAUGACCCUGAAGACCCUUCUUUCCGUGCACAAAGAUACUGGGUUGCGUUCACUCGAAAGUACCAGUGUCCUCACCGAUUGUGCAAGAAAAGUUACGAUACUGAAAAAGCCUUCACCCAACAUUUACUUUCUGCCGCACACACUUCAGAUAAUAGACUCAUCUGUCCCAAUUGCUAUAGAGGUUUCGGAACGUACACAGCCCUGACGCAACAUUGCGAGUCUCAAGGGGUUCGUUGUAAAAUCCGUGAAGCAGUUAAUUACGGUAGGGUCGUCAAUGAUAUUACUGCUAGUGUGGCCGAUGUUGUAGGUAAGCAUGAAGACGAAACAGUAAAGUAUACCGUCAAGGAGGAAGGAUUUGGAGAGUUGGCCCAGAAGUAUAGGGAAGCCGGAGAGAAGAGUGCUAAGAAAAAGGUAAACUAUUGGGCAAACCAUGAUGCGGAGUUUGAGUGGUAA